AUCCAUCAAGAAAGCUCUUAUCUUCCUUCUUUUAUGCUUCUGAUUUUGCUACAUAUAUAAACCCUCUGAGGAAAGCUAGAGAAGAAGAUGAUGAGUCUAAGUGGAAGUAGUGGGAGAACAAUAGGAAGGCCUCCAUUUACACCAACACAAUGGGAAGAACUGGAACAUCAAGCCCUAAUCUACAAGUACAUGGUCUCUGGUGUUCCUGUCCCACCUGAGCUCAUCUUCUCCAUUAGAAGAAGCUUGGACACUUCCUUGGUCUCUAGGCUCCUUCCUCACCAAUCCCUUGGAUGGGGAUGUUACCAGAUGGGAUUUGGAAGAAAACCAGAUCCAGAACCAGGAAGAUGCAGAAGAACAGAUGGUAAGAAAUGGAGAUGCUCAAGAGAAGCUUACCCAGAUUCAAAGUACUGUGAAAAACACAUGCACAGAGGAAGAAACCGUGCCAGAAAAUCUCUUGAUCAGAAUCAGACAUCAACUCCUCUAACAUCACCAUCUCUCUCAUUCCCCAACAAUAACAACCCAAGUCCCACUUUGUCUUCUUCUUCUUCAUCUUCAACUACUUAUUCUGCUUCUUCUUCUUCAAUGGAUGCUUACAGUAACAGUAAUAGGUUUGGUGUUGGUGGAAGUAGUAGUAACACUAGAGGUUACUUCAACAGCCAUUCUCUUGAUUAUCCUUAUCCUUCUACUUCACCUAAACAACAACAACAACAACAACCUCUUCAUCAUGCUUCCGCUUUGUCACUUCAUCAAAACACUAAUUCUACUUCUCAGUUCAAUGUCUUAGCCUCUCCUACUGACCACAAAGACUUCAGGUACUUUCAAGGAAUUGGGGAGAGAGUUGGAGUUGGGGAGAGAACGUUUUUUCCAGAAGCAUCUAGAAGCUUUCAAGAUUCUCCAUACCAUCAUCACCAACAACCGUUAGCAACAGUGAUGAAUGAUCCGUACCACCACUGUAGUACUGAUCAUAAGAUUGACCAUCAUCAUCAAACAUACUCAUCCUCAUCAUCAUCUCAACAGCAUCUUCAUCAUGAUCAAGAGCAUGAUCAUCGACAGCAACAGCAACAGUGUUUCGUUUUGGGCGCCGACAUGUUCAACAAACCCACAAGAAGUGUCCUUGCAAACUCAUCAAGACAAGAUCAAAAUCAAGAAGAAGAGGAGAAAGAUUCAUCGGAGUCGUCGAAGAAGUCGCUUCACCAUUUCUUCGGUGAGGACUGGGCACAGAACAAGAACAGUUCAGAUUCUUGGCUUGACCUUUCUUCCCACUCAAGACUCGACACUGGUAAUUAAUUAAAAGAUCUGCGAAAUAAUCUAAUCUCCUAAUU